GCCAAAGGGCGACCUGAGGUACGACGGGGCGGCCAUGGUGGGUGCGGGCUGUCGAGAUACAAUCACUUUCUAGUACUAUUCCUACCACUUACUGCAAGCUGCGACCAUGGCCGACGAAGCUCCCCCGCGCAACGUCUUCCAGCGCGCCACCGAGACGGCCCUCUACCUGCGCCAGAACGUGCCCCAAGAGCUCCGCCACCCCCAGGUUGCCAUCGUGUGCGGCUCGGGCCUCGGCGGCCUGGCCGAGACGAUCCACCCGGAGCCCGUCUUCGAGACGGCCUAUGCCAACAUCCCCAACUUCCCCCAGAGCACCGUGCAGGGCCAUGCAGGCAAGCUCAUUUUCGGCCUGAUCGGUCCCGCCAAGCUGCCCGUUGUCCUGCUCGUCGGCCGCGCCCACUUCUACGAAGGCCACAGCAUGGAGCUCGUCACCUUUGCCACCCGCGUCUGCAAGGUCCUGGGCGUCCAUACCAUGAUUGUUACGAAUGCGGCCGGUGGCCUCAACCCAGACUAUAACGUUGGCGAUAUCGUGCUGCUCAACGACCAUCUCAAUUUGGCCGGCCUUGUUGGCUUCCACCCCCUGCGCGGCCCCAACAUUGAUGACUUUGGUGUCCGUUUCCCUCCUCUGUCGGAUGCUUACGACCUCGAGCUCCGCAAGCGCGUCCACAAGGCUUGGAAGAAUCUUGGCCUGGACCAGGGAAAACGCAGGAUUCACGAGGGUACCUAUGUUUUCGCUGCUGGACCCAGCUACGAGACACGCGCCGAGUGCCGUCUGCUCCGCGGAUUUGGCGCUGACGUCGUCGGCAUGUCCACCGUGCCGGAGAUUGUCGUUGCUCGCCACUCGGGCAUCAGAGUCUUGGCUUUCAGUUUGGUGACGAACAAGGCCGUGUUUGAACCUGGCCCUCGCGGUGAUGAUCCCGAAAUUCAAAACAUGACCAGCGCAGAACUUGACGCGCACCUGAGCAAAGGAAAGGCGAAUCACGAAGAGGUCCUCGAGGCAGGCAGAGAAGCAGCAAAGGAUAUGCAGGUGAGUGACACUCGAGGUGUUCCGAAUUAAUUGGCUGUACUAAUGCGUCCGCAGGCGUUGGUGAAGCAGGUGCUUUCAGAACUGGGUGCUGCGUAAAGCAUUGGCAACGGCCGACGGGUGUUUUUUUUUUUUU